AUGAGCCAAAACAUCUACGACUCUAUCGACUUCUUCGAGUCAUACAGCAAGUAUCCGCGCAUGGAGAAUGGGCUCGCCGGCGCCUCGGAAUGGCCGCUCCUUGAGACCAUGCUCCCAUCCAAUCUUGUCUCCAAGACCGUACUCGACCUCGGGUGCGGCGACGGUUGGUUUUCCCGCUGGGCUCUCGACCAAGGGGCCAAAGCCGUAUGCGCCAUGGACGUGUCCAAGAAUAUGCUCAGCCGUGCCCGCGCGCUCAGUCCGCCAGACCGAUACUCGGCCAUAACCUUCCGCCAAGUCGACAUUGAGAUGUUGGAGGGCCAGGACGGGGGACUGGAUCCGGAGGCAUAUGACGUUGCCUUUAGCGGUCUCGCCCUGCACUACCUCGUCAACCUCGAGGCGGCUCUCCGCCAGGUCUUUCGGUCUCUUCGACCGGGCGGCUUGUUUGUCUUUUCCGUCGAACACCCCAUCUUUACGGCUCCUCAACGGCCGGGUUUCAAAAAGACUGGAGCUGCACAGGACUGGCCUUUGAGCAGCUACUUUGCUGAGGGAGAGCGGGAGGUUGACUGGUUGGGUGCGCCGGUUAGGAAGCAGCAUCGCACCAUUUCUAGCUAUCUCAAGACACUCCGUACAGUAGGGUUCGAAGUUGUUGUUGUGGACGAAUGGGGUGUUAGUGACGACGAUAGCCGCAAACAUCCUGACUGGCCAAAUGAUGGGGGAAUUCCACGGUUUCUGCUCAUCUCUGCGAUGAAGAGGGUAGAUGCGGCGGAUAGUCUUUAG